AUGUACAAAGAUAAAACAAAGGUUAAUGAAGACAAAUUAUUGCGCAAAUUAAGCGCUCAUUUAAGACGCUUUAUUACAGUUUUCGUUCAUCUGUUUGUUUCGCAUGAAACUAUGCUCCUCAAAGAGUAUCGCAUAUGUAUGCCCCUAACAGUUUCUGAAUACAGGAUAGCUCAGCUGUAUAUGAUUCAGAAAAAAUCACGUGAAGAAAGUACAGGUCGUGGAAGUGGUGUUGAAAUAUUGAAAAAUGAACCCUAUGAGAAUGGUCCAGGAGGAAAAGGUCAAUAUACAUUUAAAAUUUAUCAUGUGGGCAGCCAUUUACCAACUUGGCUUCGUAAUAUAUUACCAUCAUCGGCUUUACGUGUUGAAGAAGAGGCAUGGAAUGCGUAUCCAUAUACUAGAACAAUUUAUAAAGUUCCUUUUGUCGAAAAAUUAGUACUCGAUGUGGAAACGUAUUUUUUUGAUGAUGCUGGAGAACAAGAUGAUGUUUUCAACCUUUCACCAGAUGAAAAAAAGGCACGUAUCAUUGAUUUUAUUGACAUUGUAAAAGAUCCAAUUACUGGAAGUGAUUAUAAAGCAGAAGAAGAUCCUAGUCUAUACAUAUCCGAAGCAACUGGUCGUGGUCCAUUAUCAUCGAAUUGGCGUGAGGAAUUUAUUCAUGCACAACAAGUAACUCAUGAAACCUAUGACAAACCACCAACUCGAACUCAUGAUAAUUCACCAGUAACUAGUGAAGAUUUAAAACCACUACAUAAACGUAUAAUGUGUGCAUAUAAACUUUGUCGAGUGGAAUUUCGUUAUUGGGGUACACAAACACGAGUGGAACAGUUUAUUCAUGACACAGCGCUUCGAAAAACUAUGCUAAGAGCACAUCGACAAGUAUGGGCAUGGCAAAAUGAAUGGUAUGGUCUGACUAUAGAUGAAAUUCGUCGUUUAGAAGAGGAAACAGCUCAAGCUUUGGCGUCUAAAAUGGCUGAUUCAGAUCAACGACCAAACAAUGACAACCAAUUAUCUAAGGAAGUUCAAUCAACUUCACCAAAUAUCAAUGCAACUGUGAAUGUUGUUGAUGAAAUGGAAUGUAAUCAAUCUGUUGAACAAUGUGAAUCUGGUUCGAUAAAAGCGUCGACAUUAGAACAAUCUCAUCUUCCAGUCAGUUCUACUGAUAUUGCAGAACAAAAUUUAUGGGCUGAUUUCAAGAAAUUAGAAGCAAACAAUUUUGAACAUGAUGAUUUUGAACCGUUCACAGUACCUUGUGCAGAGUCCGAUGAUGACACUCAAUCAUUUGUCACAUGCUGUAGCGACCUUACUUGGAAUACUGAUUAUGAUACAGCUCUUGAGUCGAAUUUCCAGAGUUUUGAUAUGCCAGGCAUCAAAUCUUGCUUUAAUCAAAAACCUGUCUCUGGUAUUCAUCCGAAUUCCGGUAAAUUAGUUCUUGUAUUGGUGAUACAUGGUGGUUGUAUACUUGAUUCAGCUUAUGAUUUAACUACAAAACGUUCAGAUAUUUUAACUUUUCGAAAAACAAUUGAAACUGUAACAGCUAAUCACUAUCCAACAUUGCAUAAUCGAAUAGCUGUUAAACUUGUACCAUGCCCUACAGAAAUUGGUGAUAUAUUUCGAUUAUUCUCCAAAUUAAAAGCUCCACCAGAUCCUACUAAACCGGCUGAUACGCAAUUGUUACGUGAUUUAAUGCCAUUGGGGAGUAUUCCUUUAUUUUUGAUUAAUUCACCUGGAUAUUCACGGAUGUUGGAACAAUUAGCAUUUAACCUGAACACGCAUUAUGCUGAAUUUAUACGUUCACCUGAAGGGAUUCAUUUUUCUGGCAAAGUUUGUAUCAUAGCUGAUAGUGUUGGUUCAAUUUUGGCGCAUGAUCUUUUAACAAAACCGUCUACUAAUCAUCAACUUAUACCAAACAAUAAUAUUAAUAAUAAUGAUACAAGUAUAACAGAUAUUGGUUUAAUACGUCGUAAACAAUUCGGUUUUCAUAAUACAAUCAAUUCCAAUAGGACAGCUAAAAGCCGAAGUUUAAUCAACAGUCCCAGUGAAGUCACUUUAUGCCCACCUGAAUCAAACACUAGUCUAGGAAGUGGUGAAUUGUCCAACUGUGAAAAUGAAAAAUCUAAAUCACAUAGUCGAAUAUUUCCUUUGGAUUUUCAAGUACAAAAAUUUUUCAUGUUGGGUUCACCAAUCGGUCUUAUUUUGGCUUAUCGUUAUCAGCAGAAUCAAAUGGUGUCAUUAGCAUCUACAACUACAUGCAAUACAACCAAUCAAUUCAUUGGUAAUUCGUCUGGUCAUACGGCGUAUCACUUAUCACAAGAAAUUAAAUUAUCCGUAGAUCAAGCUUAUAAUCUUUUUCAUUUAACUGAUCCAUGCGGUUUUCGUAUUGAACCAUUAUUGGAUAAUCGUUUCAGUUGUAUAUCUCCAAUAUUAAUUCCACAAUAUGUUCGUUAUCCACUUGGUGAUGGACAAUCGACCAAUUUAAUUGAAACUCUUAUACAACAUGCUGAAUUAUUUUCUGCAAAUAUUUCAGAAAAAUCAUUCAAUUUAUCGGAUAAUGAUAAUUCUCUAAUGAAUGAAAAUGUGAAUAGUACCGUUAAUAUAAAACAACAAUUAACAAAUCAACGAUUAAAUUGGGAAAAGAAAUCGAUCUUUGCACUGGAAGCGUUAAAAAAAGUUCAACAAUCAUGGUGGGGACCUAAAAGAGUUGAUUACAAUGUACACUGUCCCGAAGCAAUUCAAAAUAUCUUAGCUCGUGCACGACCUUCCAUUUUACAUGCAAGCUAUUGGGAAUCAAAAGAUGUAGCAUCUUUUAUUAUACGACAGCUGUUAGAAACACUAGGACUAAGUGUUCUAGAAACAUCAUACUCAGCGGAUAUGUCUGAUGAAAUAGCUGUCACAGAAUUGGCUAAAUUAUCAUUAAAUCCAAAUCAAAUGAAAGUACAAACCUAUGAAGUGAUCGAUGAUUCUGGUACACAAAUUUCACAACAAUCAGAGAAAAGUGGUGGUAGUCUGUCUAGAUUUUCCAAUCUCAGUCAUACUUUAUCAUUCUUGAAACGAACAUCAUCUGAACGAUUAAAGAAUUUCAAAGCAAAUCAUCGAGCAAAUGAUGUGAUUGCUACAACUGGAUCAACACCACUUAUUACUGGUCGAUUUGCUUUUGGUGGAUUGGAUUUAAUGAGUUUUUCUGCUGAAAAAAUCCGAGUUGAAAUCCAGUCAAUCAGUGGAUCUUGGGCAUAUGUAUGCACCGAAGUAACUGAUUCAUCCGGUCGAAUUAGAUUCUUCUUACCGGAACAACUUCAUCUCCCAGAUGGAUUAUAUCCUAUUAGAAUGACCGCUGAAUCUGAUCUGGAACAUCCAGUAAUUAUCACAUUAGCUAUAGUACCUGCUCAAACGGAAGUAGUGGUAUUCAGUGUAGAUGGAAGUUUUGCAGCAAGUUUAUCAUUAAUGGGCAAAGAUCCAAAAGUUCAUCCUGGUGCUGUAGAUGUUGCUCGUCAUUGGCAAGGUUUAGGUUAUUUAUUAAUCUAUUUAUCUGCACGACCAGAUAUGCAAAGGCGUCGGGUAACAAAUUGGAUGGCAAAUCAUAAUUUUCCUUUUGGUAUGACAUUCUUCUUAAAUGGAUUAUACUCAGAUCCAUUGAAACAAAAAGCUCAAAUGUUAAAAUCAAUUAUUGAAAAUGCCAACUUACGAGUUCACUGCGGUUAUGGUUCAGGUAAAGAUAUCAAUUUAUAUCGUUCUCUUGGCUUAUCAACCCAUAACAUAUUCCUAGUUGGUAAAGUCUCUAGAUCACAAGCCUCAAAUGGAACUCCAUUAUCACAAGGAUACUCAUCACAUUUAUCUUCACUAAUGAAUGGUCAUGCAUUAUCUAGACCAGCUGUUGGAGCAAUGAGUGUAGCAGUACGUUGUUGCCCGUUCGAUUUACCACCAGUCUAUCCUUCAUCACCUGUAUUUGUGGAGUCGUCUAAUUUACUUCGAAAUAAUUCAUUCAAAUUUUCACCUUUAUUAAGUCAACGUGUAUUAUUCAAUGAUGAACUGGAACAAAAUACAUCGUAAAAUAUCUUACUUAUGUAAUUCAUUCAUAUAAAGCUUCAAUGUUAUCCAAAAACAAAAAGAUCAGAUUAUAAACUAUUUUUUUUGAAAGCUGACUGAUUUGUGUUUAUAUAUAUUUAUCAAUUGACUAGUUCGUCUCCUAUUUUCAUUCAUUCUAAAUCCAUUUCAACUUUGGUUGUUGUAUAAAAGACAAACUAUAUUCAAUUUCAUAACUAUUAACAAGUGUAUUUUCCAUUCGCUUUUCAUUCACUUAAAACAAAAACAAAAAAAACAUGAACUUGACAAAUUGUACUUUGUAAAAUCUUCUUCAUUUCUCUUUUUCUAUGUUUCAAUCAUUGUAUUUUAUUUAUUUGUUUUAUAAAACAAAAAAACAAUAGCUUUACAUAUUUGUUAUUUAUUAUUUCGAAUAAAAAAAAGAAAUUUAUUCAAAGAUUGAAAUCCAUUUUUCAUCAUCAUCAUCAACAUCAUCUUGUAUAAUGAAUUGCGCGCAUUAGAUAUGUUACAUAAUUCACAUUAAAUUACUGCUUUCCUAAUAAUAUCUAAUUAUUUUUUAAAUGAUGAUAUAUAUCUAUAUUCACAAUCAAUAUGAUGUGUUGUUGGUUUUUUUUUAUUAUUAUUUCUCAUUGAAACAUUGAAUGUGUGAACAUAUACUUUCAAACGAGUAAACUUUGUAAUUUAGCUGUUUUGUUUUUUUUUGUUCAGCUACAAAUCACACUUUUUUUGUAUUCUAUGCAGUUUGUACAAUUGAAAAUUGAAUAUUGAAUUGAUUCAGUUUCUUUUUAUUUCAAAAUAUAAUUUUUCAAUGUUGUCAAAUUUUGUGUCAAACUGAUUUUAAAGGUUAUUUAAUGUUCAAUGUGUUUUGGUCGGAUAAUUAACGCGCA